CCCAUGUGCACCUCGUGGAGAGAAACUCCUGGUAGCGGAAAGCUCUCAUGUGGGGAGCUCGGUGUUAAACUUUAUUUAGAGCUAAAUAAACCAUUUAAACAUGUUAGUGUUAUUUGAAACCGCCGCCGGUUAUGCCAUUUUCAAGGUCCUGGAUGAGCAGAAACUCCAGCAGGUGGACAGCCUGUGGAAGGAAUUUGAGACACCAGAAAAGGCCAACAAAAUUGUCAAACUGAAGCACUUUGAGAAGUUCCAGGACACGACAGAAGCUCUUGCAGCGGCCACAGCGAUGGUGGAGGGGAAAAUAGGCAAGAGUCUGAAGAAGGUGCUCAAGAAGGUUGUAGCAAAAGAGGCUCACGAGCAGCUGGCCAUCUCUGAUGUUAAAUUAGGAGGAGUCAUCAAGGAGAAGCUGAACCUGAGCUGUGUGCACAGCCCUGCUGUGGCUGAACUCAUGAGAGGCAUCAGGAAUCAAAUGGAGGGACUCAUCACAGGUCUGCCGGCCAGAGAGAUUAGCGCCAUGUCUCUCGGUUUGGCGCACAGUCUUUCACGCUACAAGCUGAAGUUCAGCCCAGACAAGGUGGACACCAUGAUUGUUCAAGCUAUUUCUCUCCUUGAUGACCUGGAUAAGGAGCUCAAUAACUACAUCAUGCGCUGCAGGGAAUGGUACGGCUGGCACUUCCCAGAGCUUGGCAAGAUCAUCACUGAUAACCUGGCGUACUGCAAGAGCGUCCGAAAGAUCGGUGAUCGCACGAAUGUGGGCUCAACGGACUUGUCUGAGAUUCUUCCAGAGGAGAUUGAGGCAGAGGUAAAACUGGCUGCAGAGAUCUCCAUGGGAACAGAGGUGUCUGAGGAAGACAUCGCCAACAUCAUGCACCUGUGUGACCAGGUGAUAGAAAUCUCAGAGUAUCGUACCCAGCUGUACGAUUACCUGAAGAAUCGUAUGAUGGCUAUCGCACCCAACCUGACAGUCAUGGUGGGCGAACUGGUAGGAGCCCGUCUCAUAUCCCAUGCAGGAUCCCUGUUGAGCUUGGCAAAGCACCCUGCAUCCACUGUACAGAUUCUAGGGGCUGAGAAAGCGCUCUUCCGCGCACUGAAAACCCGACGUGAUACGCCCAAAUACGGUCUCAUCUACCAUGCUUCCCUGGUGGGGCAGACCACAGCCAAGAACAAGGGUAAGAUCUCCAGAAUGCUGGCUGCCAAAACAGCCCUGGCCAUCCGUUACGACGCCCUGGGGGAAGAUACCAAUGCAGAGAUGGGUGUGGAAAACAGAGCCAAGCUGGAAGUCCGAUUACGCUACCUGGAGGAGAAAGGGAUCAGACGCAUCAGUGGGUCAGGCAAAGCUCUGGCAAAGGCUGAUAAAUUUCAACACAAGAGUGAUGUAAAAAUAUACGACCCAUCUGGUGACUCAACACUCCCCACUGUCUCAAAAAAGAGGAAGAUAGAAGAGGUAGAGGAGGAUGAUGAAGAAGAGAAGCCCGUGGAGGUGAAAGCCAAGAAAGUAAAGAAGGAAGCCCCCGCAGAAGGUGACGCAGAAGGCCCUGCGGAGGCAGAAACAGAAACACCAAAGAAGAAGAAGAAAAAGAAGAGAGUGGAGGAACCCAAGCAAGAGGAGGAGACAGCUGUCAGCCCAGCAGAGGAGAUGACAGAAAAGAAAAAGAAGAAAAAAGAAAAGAAACGAGCAGCUGAGGAAGAGCUGAAAGAAGAGGCGACAGAAGAGACGACAGAAAAGAAGAAGAAAAAGAAGAAAAGGGUUAAAGAAGAGGACUAAUAAAAAGAAGAGGACUUUGUUCUAUGAACUUGUAUAUAAAAUGACAUUUUAUAGUGUUAUUGGACCAUUAUAGUGAUGGUCACACCCCCUUUUUGUGUGCCUGGCCCAGUUCGCUGAUCUUUUUAUUUUUUAUUUUUUUAUAAAGCGAUUUAUUUGUAAUUAUUGGACACAUUUUCUCUGCAUAUAGCUUGCAAGUGAAACAUCUUUUCAUGCUCCUCUUUGUAUCGAGUUGUAAGAUAUCAUGCAGUUCAGUUUGUCUUUUUUAAACAAAUGUUUUUAGUUUGGUGAAACUGGGUCUCAUUUUAGAAAGCGAGUUUUGUGAUGUAAGACUGGGUCAUUUGUGUCUGAGGAUUAUUAAAUACUGUAUGUUUCUAUAUCUUGCA